AUGAAGUCCGCAGAACCCCACCCGGCUAGCUUAGAGGAGAUUGAGGAUAUCAUCGAUGGCUUUGGCUAUGCUGCGGAAUAUCUGGAGAGGGCCGGGUUCGAUGGAGUUGAGAUCCAUGGCGCCCAUGGGUAUUUGCUAGCUCAGUUCCUUUCGCAGUCAACCAACCUGCGAAAUGACCAUUAUGGUGGUAGCCUGCGCAAUCGGGCACGCUUGACUCUCGAAGUUGCAGAGGCAGUCCGCUUGAGAACGAGUCCAGACUUCGUUAUGGGCAUCAAACUCAAUUCGGUGGAGUUCCAAGACAAGGGUCUCACACAGGAAGAGGCGAAGCAACUCUGCAUAAUGCUAGAGAAGAGUACGUUCGAUUUUGUCGAACUUUCAGGAGGCACUUUCGAGGAUAUGGGUUUCGAACACAAAAAGGAGUCUACGAAACAUCGCGAAGCAUUCUUCCUCGAGUUCGCCGACGAAAUCACACCAGCCUUGUCAAAGACGAAGUCUUACAUCACUGGAGGCUUCAAAACAGCCGCAGCAAUGGUCCGGGCGCUCGAUACGGUGGACGGAGUGGGACUUGGGCCUGCUGCAUGCCAAGAGCCUCGCUUGCCCAAAUCCAUUCUUGAGGGAAAGGUUCAGGCUAUCAUCAAGCAGCGACCAAACGACCAGCAUACUGCAUUGGCAACCAUAGUCGCUGGUUCACAAAUACGCCAGAUGAGUAAGGAUCAGGAGCCGUUUGACAUGAGCUUGGAAGAAAAUGAGAAGGCAUUUAUGAAGCUCAUGAAUACCUGGAUGGAGCUCGACUCAUGA